UUUUUGUCAGUUGGCACCUCCACUGCGGCAACUAGCUCGGCCCGCCUCUCUGUUGCUGGGGAAGAAGGUAAGUUGCUAUGGCGACCGAAGCAGCUCAACCUCAUAGCCAUGACCUCAUUGAACCAGCCAACGAUGUCAAGCUCUUCAACCGUUGGACCUUCGACGAUGUUCAGGUGAAUGACAUAUCCCUGGCAGAUUACAUUGGUGUGGCUCCUGCCAAGCACGCGACCUAUGUGCCUCACACCGCAGGGAGAUAUUCGGUCAAGCGUUUCAGGAAAGCACAAUGCCCUAUUGUGGAGAGGCUCACCAACUCUCUUAUGAUGCAUGGACGUAACAAUGGGAAAAAACUCAUGGCAGUGAGGAUCGUAAAGCAUGCCAUGGAAAUUAUCCACUUGCUCACUGAUCAAAAUCCAAUCCAAGUUAUUGUCGAUGCUGUGAUCAACAGUGGACCAAGGGAAGACGCCACACGAAUUGGGUCUGCUGGUGUUGUCCGACGUCAGGCAGUGGAUAUUUCUCCCCUGCGUCGUGUGAAUCAGGCUAUCUAUCUCCUCACUACAGGUGCUCGUGAGGCUGCGUUUAGGAACAUCAAGACAAUUGCAGAAUGCUUGGCUGAUGAACUUAUCAAUGCUGCAAAGGGAUCAUCAAACAGCUAUGCCAUUAAGAAGAAGGACGAGAUUGAGAGAGUUGCCAAGGCUAACCGUUGAGGAAUGACAAGAGGCACAUGGAUAAAAGUUUUGGUUGAGUUGGUUUUGUUUCACACCCUUCCGUGGCUUUUGUGUUUCUACUGGACCUAAAUUAAAGAUAUGAUUGAUGAUUGCUAGCUUGUUUCAUUUCUUGAAUAUUGGAUAGUUUUGAUUUUAUGGACAGAUCUUGUUUGUCGAAAGAAGCCCUUAAAAAAGACCCUUCAAUAUCA